AUGGCUCUGGGAGAUUUAGUCUCUAUUUCCACUGCUUGUACUUCUAGAGGGACCUUCAGUGUGCUUGGCGUGGUGGUUGAUACUCUGCCACUCUUUCGAACCAAAGGCUCCUCCGCAUGCGUCACAUUCACCAUUAAAGACUCCGAAUUUGAUGCACCGCACUGGCAAGGGGGCCUGAAAGUCAAAUAUUUCAACGAUGAUGAGAGUCAUCUUCCCAAUGUUCAGGUCAACGACCUAGUUCUGCUACGAAGCAUUCGGGUGAGCAUCUACCAGAACAAGCCGACAGGAGUUGUCUCUCAGCAGGAGAGUGUUUCCUGGAUAGUAUUUCGACCAGAGCCAGGUCCAGGCUCUAGUCUGUCCACCACCACUGGUCCGGUUCCUUUUGAGCCGAGCUUAUGGGAAAAGGACCAGGCACAAGCACUCUUGGAUCUAGUGACUGCCGAGGGGCAUAUUGUGCAACCAUCCAUAUCACGCAGUGUACCAGUCUCUCAAAAGUCUUCCCAGGUUAUUCAGGCUUCUACCUCGAACCCGAAAUUUGGAUUGCCCUUCUCACUCAUUAAAGAUGUCAAACCGGGCAAAUUUGCACAACUGCUCGGUCAAGCUAUCAAGCUGGAAACGCAUGACAGCGAGAAAAGCCUAAUUCUCAUGACUGAUUACACCGAGAAUCCACAACUUGAUGACUACAAGAAACCCUGGGAAGAAGACGAUGAGCCAGGGCCUGAUGGCGAUCCUUUCAACUACCUAACACGGAGACAAAAAGACUGGCCUGGUCCGUUUGGUCAAUUAACAAUCCGAGUGACCUUAUGGGAACCUCAUGCCACAUAUGCUCGCGAACAUGUCAAGCCAGGUGAUAUUGUUCUCUUGACCUAUGUACGGAUCAAAGAAAACCGUGGCUUGGAGGCUUCUGUUCAUGAAGACAGGAGAUUCCCAGAAAAGAUCCAUAUCAAGGUACUGAACGGUGGCCAUGACGAGCGCGAACAGGCGUUGUUGAAACGUCGGGCAGAGUACUGGAAAAUCCAUGGCGAACCCAAGGCAGAUACCAAGAAUGCCAAAAAGCGGAAUAAGAAGGCUCAAGAGCAGCAAAAAGCAGCCAAGAAAGAAGCAGGCCAGCUCAUUUUGCCAGCAGCUACCGGAACCAAGUUAAACCCUAACAUCAAACCAAACGUCUACACUGCCUCAAUUUCUUCUCUUGAGAAGAUUUUGCGAGCAGAAUCCCACAUCAACCAUGCGCCAGGGGGCAUUGUCUAUCAACUACCGUUUCAAAAUGUCAACUAUAUCUCUGAACUCCGUGUGGUCGAUUUCUUUCCCCCAGAUCUAGAGGAUUUUGCCGUGCAAACUCAACAAGCUGCUGAGUCAGAAGACACCGAGACAUUAACUGGCUGGGAAUGGCGCUUUUGUCUUCUUGUAGAAGGAGUCAAUCCACAGCCUUUUAAGCAGCAGCCCCGGGAACGAAUGAAGCUUUUCGUGUCUGGUCACGAUGGUGAUUGUCUCCUGGACAUGGUAGCAACAGAUCUCCGCAGAAAAUCUCGAAGAUUGAAUCUUAUGAGAGAGAAGCUCUUCCAUCUUUGGGGCAAUCUCGAAGAGCGAAAGCAAGCCAUAGCUUCUGGUAACUCAGACCCAGAACCACUCAGCUCGUUGCCAUUCAAAUGCCUCAUCAAGGAAUACGGAGUGCCGUGUACCCACGAAAAGGACCCCAAUGCAAUGGAAGUCGAUGGAGAGGACUGCAGCCAGCCCGACUGCUUUGGAUGGGAGAGACGCUUCGGCAUAUUCGGCACAACUAUUCACUCAUGA